AUGCAGGGAACCUACUCCAGGAUACAGAGAAUCAAAUCCAAAAUACAGGAACCUACUCCAGGAUACAGGGAACCUACUCCUGAAUUCGGGAAACCAACACUAGAAUACAGGGAACUUACUCCAAGAUACAGGCAGCCUACUUUAGGAUCUUCUCCAGGAUACAGGAAACCUACUCCAGGAUACAGAGAACCUUCUCUAGUAUACAGGGAACCUACUCCAAGAUACAGAGAACCUACUCUGGAAUACAGGAACCUACUCCAGGAUACAGGGAACCUACUCCGGAAUACAAGAAACCUACUCCAGGAUUCAGGGAAUCAAUUCAAGGAUACAGGGAACCUACUCCAGGAAUACAAGGAACAUACGCCAGGAUACAGGGAACCUAUUCCAGAACACAGGGAAACUACUGCAGGAUCAAGGAAUCCUACUCCAGGAUACAAGGAACCUACUUCAGGAUACAGAGAACCUACUCCAGAAUACAGGGAAUCUUCUCAAGCAUACAAGGAACCUACUCUAAUAUACAAAGAACCUACCUCAGGAUACAAGGAACAUACGCCAGGAUACAAGGAACCUAUUCCAAGAUACAGGGAACCAACUCCAGAAUACAAAGAACCUACUCAAGGAUACAGGGAAACUAUUCCAGGAUACAGGGAAUCUACUUCCAGAAUACAAGGAACAUACGCCAGGAUUCAGGGAAUCAAUUCAAGGAUACAGGGAACCUACUCCAGGGAUACAGUGAACCUACUUAAGAAUACAAGGAACAUACGCCAGGAUACAGCCAGAGAACCUACUCCAGAAUACAGGGAAUCUACUCAAGGAAACAAGGAACCUACUCCAGGAUACAAGGAACCUACUUCAGGAUACAAGGAACAUACGCCAGGAUACAGAGAACCUAUUCCAGGAUACAGGGAACUUACUCCAGAAUACAAGGAACCUACUCAAGGAUACAAGGAACCUACUCCAGGUUACAGGGAACCUACUUCAGGAUACAGGGAACCUACUUCAGGAUACAGGGAACCUACUCCAGGAUACUGGGAAACUAUUCCAGGAUACAGGGAACCUAGUCCAGGAUAAAGGUAAGCUAUUCCAGGAUACAGGGAACCUACUCCAGGAUACAGGGAACCU